AUGUCCUCUCCAGCACUGCAAGCCAUUGUGAUCACGGAGCAGCCGGUGUCCGUCGCUGUCCCGGUGGGAUACUCCUUCACCCUGCGCUGCAGGGCCGAGGGCCGCGCCCCCCUGCAGUACCAGUGGUUUUGUCAGCACCAGCUUGUUUGCCAGCAGAUUCCAGGUGCCACCAAGCCAGACUUGCCCAUCACUGCACAGCAGACAGAACUCUACACCUGCAGAAUCAAUGACCUCUACAGAAAUGUCAUCUUUUCUGACUGGGUGAAGGUAGAGGUCCAUCCAUGUGUUGCCAGAGGAUUGCCCCCUCGGCUCUGGCGAGGAGAACCAGUCAUCAUCCUUAACCCUACUGAGCAGUGGGUGGAGGUGGGGAAGCUGCUACAGCUCCAGUGUGCUGCGGUGGGAGUCCCAGCACCUAGCUACCAGUGGUACCGGAAUGGCAACCUGCUGGACCACCAGAAGAAAAAAAAACUCUGGAUCACCCAUGCAAAGGUCAGUGACUCCGGCACGUACCUCUGCUGUGCCUCCAAUAGCCAUGGAGAGCACUGGACCAACGCUGUGGAUGUUCACAUAGGUACCUGUCACUCUGAAAAGUUUUUUGCUACAGGCAAGGUAGCUCUUUUAGUGGGCAACAACCGCUACCAUCAUCAUCCCAACCUGAUGGCUCCUGUCAAGGAUGUGUUUGAGCUGAGUCGUCUUCUGGAGCAGCUGGGCUUCCAGGUGGUCUCCCUUCUGGACCUGAACAAAGCUGAGAUGGUAGCAGCAGUCAGUCGGUUCCUGCAGCUCCUGGAGAAGGGAGUCUAUGCUAUAUUCUACUACGCUGGUCAUGGGUACGAACAUUUGGGGAGGAACUACAUGGUCCCCGUUGAUGCUCCACAACCCUAUACCCCUGAAAACUGCAUCAGCGUGCAGAGGAUCCUCCAGAAGAUGCAGCAGCAGCAGACGGCCCUGAACCUCGUCUUGCUGGACACCUGCAGAAAGUGGUAUAACCCAGAGUGUGCCCUCUCCCAGGUACAGCCACUGGCGCCCUGGGGCAACACCGUCUAUGGCUAUGCAACGAGCGAAGAUGCAGAAGCCUAUGAGUUGCAGGAUGGGGAGUUCAGCUCUGGGAUCUUCAUGAAAUAUCUGAAGAAACAUAUUCUGCAGGACAAGAAGGUUACACACAUGCUGGAAGAUGUGUUAGAAGACAUUGGCCGGGAUCCCUUGGUCACUGGGAAGCAGGUAAUGGAGAUCAAACACACUCUGAAGGAAGCCCGGUCCCUGACUGACCCCAUCUGUCCCCUGGGAGCAGCUGCUGAGCGCUGGGGACGCAGCCGCGAGCCAGUGAGUGAAAUGGUGACCUUCCCCUGCGGGGUGCAGGUGGAGCUCCGCUUCCUCUGGCUCUUCUCCAACGUGAUGUCCAUCGGCGCCAAGCUGUGGCCACCACCAGCCCACGUCACUGAUGCCUGUCUCCUGAUCUGCCAGCCCAGUGAGGUGGAUGACAUGGCCAUCCUGAGAGAGCGCUGCCUGGACCAAGUGGAGUGUUUGCUUACUUCUUUGUACAAGCAGGAGGAGCUGGAUUGUGUCUUCCCACUCUGUGGACUACAGAACAUCCAGACGGACGUGGUCCUGCAGUUGGAUUUGCAUUACACCAUACAGAGCACAAGCCAGAGGACUUGUGAAACCCUGCAAACAACCCUCCGGAAAUCUCUACUCGGGCAGUUUUUGAGCCAGAGAAAUCACUCCCAGCCAAAUGACCAGAGAACUCCUGUCUGCUCAGGCAGCAUGUGCCUCCAGGAUGCGGCAGCACUGAGCACGGACCCGAAAGAGCCAGCACCUCUGAGGACAGGUCCAGGCCACAGCCUGCCCAGCAGCAAACCCUCCAACACCAGCAGUGAGCCAGAAGAGAACGACGAGAGCGACCUGAGUGAGCUCUGCUCGGCGCUGCUCCGGGCUGGCCCAGGGCAGGACUGCCCCUGA